AUGUGCGCACACCACCGAACGCUGGAAACCCUUGAGAUGUCUGCAGCGCAAGGAUGCCACAUAUGUCAAGCAUUUUGGUUGCAGGUGUCCGAGAUUGAACAAGACGCUUUGCGAGCUGCUGAGACGAAACGACUCUUAGCCACCCCUAGCCGACCGCCGGAAAAGCCAGAACCCGAUAACCUGCAAGAGUACUUCGGAUGGCUAACUUUUACCCUGCUUCUCAAAGAGCCAUGGGGCUCGGUGGUGGAUUAUGUCUUGAUGCUAAAGUUCAGUGGCGAGGGAAUCGAUUGGAAGAGUGUUAGCCCUAAGGAUACUCUUGCGCUUGGACUUCACACUUUCCAGAUAUGCCACAAUCCUGAUUGUCAACCUACUCAAGCAGUCAAAUCAUACAGCACAGAUUCAGACGAAUCCUGGGCUACUGCAAUGACAUGGUUCGACCAAUGUGUUAAAACACAUGUAAAAUGCAACCCGAAGCGCGACCGUCCGGCCUGGUACCCAACAAGGCUACUGGGUCUUGGAUCAGGUCAAAAUGGUAACCAAACCGUGCGACUGAUUCAAACAGCCGAUGAAGCGAUGAGUGGUCCGUACGUGACAUUGAGCCACUGCUGGGGGAAAUCUCAGUUCAUCCAAUUGAACAAGAACACUUCCGCGAGUGCGCGCUCUGGCGUUUCCAUCGAAGUCAUGCCCAAGACCUUCAAAGAAGCUAUUCUCACCACGAAACGAUUCGGUACCAGGUACAUUUGGAUUGACAGCACGUGUAUACAGCAGGUAUGA